AUGAAGCGCGAGAACGUCGCCGAAGCCGACGACGUCACAUAUCUUGUCUUUGGGGUCGUUCGCGCAAGGCAAAAUUAUAACCCGCAGCCCGUACCCGUCGACAGCAAGCUCACCCAGCUGGUGGACCGCUUCAUCGCCUUCCACAACCAAGUCGAAAGCACCGGGUCCCGCUCGAGAGUUAACUCUGCAUAG